AUGGAAAAAAGCAACAAUGUGACUGAGUUUAUCCUCCUGGGCCUCACGCAGAACCCUGAAGGCCAAAAGGUUCUAUUUGUUACAUUCCUGCUUAUCUACAUUGUGACCGUAAUGGGUAACAUGCUCAUCAUGGUGACCAUUAUGUCCAGCCAGUCUCUGGACUCCCCUAUGUACUUUUUUCUGGCUUAUUUGUCAUUUAUUGAUACUAUUUAUUCUACCACCAUUGCUCCCAAAAUGAUCAUGGAUCUGCUCCAUGAGAAAAAGACCAUUUCCUUCCAUGCUUGCAUGACUCAAGUUUUUAUAGAUCAUCUGUUUGCUGGAACUGAGGUUAUUCUCCUGGUGGUGAUGGCCUAUGACAGGUACGUGGCCAUCUGUAAACCUCUUCAUUAUUUGACCAUCAUGAAUCAGUGAGCAUGUGUUCUCAUACGCUUGGGAGCCUGGAUUGGAGGCUUUCUUCACUCAUUGGUUCAAUUUCUCUUCAUUUAUCAACUUCCUUUCUGUGGUCCAAAUGUCAUUGACAAUUUUGUGUGUGAUAUGUAUCCCUUACUAAAACUAGCUUGCACCAAUACCUACCUCAUUGGACUUUGCAUGAUAGCUAAUGGAGGAUCAAUUUGCACUGUCACCUUCUUAAUUCUCAUGGUUUCCUAUGGGAUCAUUUUACACUCCCUUAAGGCUCAUAGUUUGGAAGGGAAACGCAAGGCUUUGUACACCUGUGCGUCCCACAUUACUGUGGUUAUUUUGUUCUUUGUUCCCUGUAUCUUCCUAUAUGCAAGGCCUACUUCUACAUUUCCCAUUGAUAAGUGUGUGACUGUGGUUUUAACUCUUAUAACUCCCAUGUUGAACCCCCUAAUCUAUACUCUGAGGAAUGCAGAAAUGAAAAACGCUAUGCGGAGACUUUGGAGUAAAAAAAUCAGUGCAGUUAUGAGUGAGUUAUUUCAGUACUGA